UCACACAGACCCUCUCUCAAGUGAUACAUAUAUAAUGAUAUAUAUGUAUGCAAACACAUGUGCUUGUGGCUUUGUGCAUCAUGGCUUGAGACCAAACCACCUAUAUAUAAGGAUCCAGCAACUCAUUUAAUACAAGUAGUUGUCAAAAGCUAAGUGAACAUGUGUACUAGCAAUAGCAAAGAAUGCAUGGCACCCCCUUCUCUCCAUUUCCUGAACCAAAAGGCCAACUCAAAGCAACCUAAGUUUCGUGUUCGGGUUAGAGUUCAUAGACUUAACAGGGCUAACAAGUUCAUCGAAGAAAAGAUGAAACGCGAGAUGGAAUUAAAGAACUUGAAGUUGUACAUGGAGAACAUGAGCAUCUUGAAAGAGAAUGAAAGGUUAAGAAACAAAGCCACCUUGCUCCAUCAGGAAAGACUUGCGCUAUUGUCCAUGCUCGAGGAGAAAAAACUCAAACUUUGAUCAUCCCUCGAGUUCGUCUUUAUAAUCAUUUUGACACACGGGCAACUUUCAGACUCUCAAAAGUGGAGCAAAUUAAAUCUAAUCAAUUUUCUAAAUCAAUAUGGUGUAGUAUCUUUUUACCAUAAUAGAAGAAUGGUAGUACGACUCUGGAUAUGAGUUUAUAUUCAUCUAUGCAUGUAAGGGGCGAGUCUCAUGUUUUGCAUUAUGUAUCAUUAACGAAUGGAUUUUAGGGCCCUAUGUUUAAUCUAUUCAAACACGUAUAAAUUAUGUUGUUAAGUUAUUGUA